AUCGAUAGCCUGUGAUAUACAACUGAGCCCAGCUGAUCUAAUUGCCGGCUUCUCCUCGUCCUUGUUACCGGACUACCAUGGACAAGCUGCAAGUCUUGGCUCCUGUUACAAGGAAUCUUGGCCCAGAACCCGGGGAAAUUCACAUUGCAGGGUAUGAUGGUCCAGCUCAGUGCAAACCCUCUGGUCCGAUAAACAGCCCAAGGACAAAUACAUAUCUCGUGGGAAAGCAACGUCCGUUCACAUUGCUCGAUGUCGGCGAGGGGCGAGAUGAAUAUACCGCUCUGCUUGAAGCUAUCAUCAGAAGGGCCGGAAUCUCCGAGUCCUCCGAGCCUGAUAUCUCCGACAUUAUAAUCUCCCAUUGGCACGAGGAUCAUGUCGGCGGCCUUCCAAAGGUUCUCGCCCUCCUCGAACGACUCUGGCACGAACGUCAUGGCACUCUCUCUUUCAAACCACCGCGUCUUCACAAAUUUCCGACUCAAACAUGCCCCCAGUACAGCAAGCUUCCAGCGAUCCUCUCAUCUUUGCCCCCGAAUUCGUUCGUAACCGCGCCCGAUGGCAGCCACUUUCACGAUCUACGUGACGGGGACGUGCUGUCAGGAUUGCAUGUGCUUCACACUCCGGGACACACGGUCGAUUCCAUGUGUCUCUACUUCCCUCAGGACGGAGCGUUCUACACGGCUGAUACCGUUCUCGGACAAGGGACCGCAGUGUUCGAGGAUCUUGCGACGUAUAUCGGGAGUCUGCGCAGGAUGCUGGACUACGUGAACGAGAGGAAGGCGUUCACUCUGUAUCCCGGGCAUGGACCCGUCAUUUACGAUGGACCGAAAGUCAUCGAAACGUAUAUUAAGCACCGGAUGGACAGAGAAGCUCAGAUUCUGGGCAUCAUCGGGGCAAGACCUGGGGAUAACACACCGUGGACGACGUGGUCAAUUGUAGCGCAGAUCUAUGCAGCUUAUCCGGAGUCGUUGUGGCUUCCUGCUUCACGCGGCAUUGAUCUCCACAUGCGCAAAUUGGAGGGUGAGGGUGUGGUCCAGCGUCUAGAUGGCGAGGGAAAGGACGCGGUAUGGGUACUGGCCUAGAUUGUGACAUUCUUAGAUUUCCGUGGCUCGCAGUGAUGUUAUUUGAGAGCAGCAAGCUGCAAGCAAGUUGCGGCCCGGUUGGCGCACAGCUUAGCUAAUACUUGGCACCGAUGGGGAUUUGCGUGGUUUCCUCUUAUCCAUCUCUUCGCACUCCGUCGGGCUUCCUAGUACUAUCAUAGCUGCCGAUCUCACCAUCAAGCGCUCGCCUGACUGCGAGCCGCAUGGUUGGUAUCAUGAUAAUUGGCUACAACGCGUCAUCUUACUUCUUUCGAUGCGUCUGUGGAUGUUAUCUCCUCACCCGUUUGCGCGGCCGUGAAAAGCGAUCAUUGAUUUUCUCCGGACGCGUUAAUAUAAAGCUGGGUGUGGGAUUUGUAUGAUGGUUUCAGGGAGAGAAGAUGUUCGACUUUGCUCUACUCGCCGUUCUCGUCCUGUGCGCGUCGCAUGGCGCGAGUGCUAUCGGCCCGGCAAUGCCAACUUCCCG